CCAGUGGAAUGAUGAACAGAUGAAGCACACGUCCACCGAAUCAUCUGGGGCUUUCCAGCUUCAGCUUCCAAACACAGCAGCUUGCUCAUCAGCUGUGUUCUUGCGCAGGACUUACCGAGAUGAUAUGGCAACAUCGAAGUGACCUGACAGCCUGAUACAACCCACUUGUGUCGAUCGGAUAGGGCCAUUAACCUCGUAUCGAACUCAACGAUCCGAGAAGUGAGAGCACGCCUACAUAUAUACCCUAAGAGCCAAUGUAUCCCAAGCACCUCGGUCGAGCUAGCUUACGAAUUAAUAAACAGCAAUGGCGAACACUAAGAUUGCGGUAGCCAUCGCCAUCCUGCUAGCUCUGCUUCAGGUGUCAUGCGCCGCAGCCCGGCGGCACGGCAAACCAGCUCAUGGCGACCACGACGGCAACGGCACCCCUGCUGUGAUGACGGUAAACGGUUUCGAGCGAGGUGAGGAUGGCGGCGGCGCAGCAUCGUGUGAUGGCAGUUUCCACAGCGAUGACAAGCUGAUCGUGGCGCUGUCCUCGCGGUGGUACGCGGGAGGGAAGAGGUGCGGUGAGGCUAUCCGCAUCACAGCGGAGAGCGGGCGGAACCGUGAGGGCACGGGUCGUGGACGAGUGCGACUCCCAUGGAGGAUGCCGCAACAACAUCGUGGAUUCCUCCCGAGCCGUUUGGAAGGCGCUCAGGCUCGAUACGGAUGUCGGCGAGGUCCACGUCACGUGGUACGACGCCUGAACACGCUACACACCGAGUUGGAUGGCCGCCCGACCACGGAGAAAUUGGGAACCACGGCGCGCGGUUCUGUCCUACCAAUUGUUAUCACUACACUCUCCACGUACUUGAUAGUGGAAAGGUCGAUACGAUCGAAUAAAACUUCCCUUCCACAACAAAUUGUUGCUUGGGUUUCAGUGGCAGCGGUUGCACGACCCUGCCCAGAUCCAGAAGAGAGAGAGAGAGAGACGGUGGGGCUGCAGUACGAUCUCGUCGGGAACCCAUUGGGCGCGGUUCGCGCCACCUUCGAGAGGACGACCGCUGCCGCUGCGGUGGAGUCUGGAGGAGCCGACCCUGUGGCGGCGUUCCGUGGCAAAGACUGGGGUGCCGGCGACCUCUUCCGCUCCUUCCUCCUCGAGCAAGACGAUCUUGGCAAGGUUCAGGUGUUGGAUUCGUCAAAUCUUGGAUUGAUCAAACCAGACACCCUGGUCCGGUAUCGGGGAAUGGUUCAGGAUAUGCUUGGGAAUGAGUACUACAUUGGUGCUUUCAAGGUACUGGACUAA